AUGAAGUUUCACUUUCCUGAUGAGGACAUCAUGUUCAUUCAAGAUUGCAAUAUCCCGAGCCCUGCCAAAGGACCUAAACUAGGAUCGCGGUGGACGCUCGUGUUCGACAGUGCCUCUAAUGUAAAAGGUCAUGGGAUAGGAGCAAUGAUCACAUCUCCGACUAGUUUUCACAUUCCAUUCACCGCUAGAUUAUGCUUUGACUGCACCAACAACAUGGCAGAAUACGAGGCAUGCAUUUAUGACAUUGAAAUAACUAUUGACUUGAGAAUCAAUAUUCUUGAAGUGUAUGGGGACUCUGCUUUAGUGAUCAGUCAAGUUCGAGGAGACUGGGAAACUCGGGAUAAGAAGUUAAUUCCAUACAGAGAACAUGUGGUGAAACUGAUUCCCUAUUUUGAUGAAAUAACUUUUCAUUAUAUCCCAAGGGAAGAAAAUCAUUUAGCCAAUGCUCUAGCUACUCUGGCAUCAAUGUUUGAAGUCAAUUCAAAGAAUGAAGCACCUACCAUUCACAUUGACCACUUGGGUGAACUAGUGCGCUGUCUAGCAAUGGAGGCUGAAUUUGACGAUAAGCCUUGGUUCCAUGACAUUAAGAGAUAUUUGGAAAUAUAA